AUUACUUUUCGUUUGGACUUUGGAGUUGAUUUGAUACCUAACCAAACCAAGUAAUAUAACUAUUGAAAUUUGUAACUGCCAUAAAGGUUUAUUUGUGUUGAUAGUAUGAUAAUAAAAAUAAAAUUAUGAUCCUUAAUUCGUGGUGUUUUAUUCUGUUGAAAUACAUAUUUAGAGUAUUCUGAAAGAGGCAGUUGUUCAGAAGUAAACAAUUAGGCCUAAUUUUAAUAAUGGCAAAUAAAGAGGUAUCAUGGUCUGCUAACACGCUUUCAAAAAAAUCUAUAAGAGAACACAUAACACCUCAUAAAAUAGCAGUUGUUAUUCUAAUUCAAGAAUACUGCAAUAUGAAGGCUGAUGCUAUUCGCCAACUGAAAAAGGCAGACGAAAUAUCAACAGAAAUUACUGUGCAAAUGCCAGAACCCUCCCACCGCAGGAACUUCAGCAUGUUAAUCCUUCAUUUGAUUCAGUGCCCUGAUAUGGACUAUAAAGAACUGAUAGAUAUGCUGGAAUUUGGCAAAUACAAACUUGUACCCAACUUGUUGAGAAACUUCCUUACCGAGAUGGAAGGGUUUACCCAGAAAGAAGUAGGCAGCUUGAUGGACACCAUCCUCAACCUUGGCAGGCUGCUUAUCGACCCUAUCUCCCUAGUCAACAAGAGCAGUCCAAUAGGUGUCUACUUGAGGCGAGUGAUGUUGUUCUUCGACAAACUGAAUUUCUCGCAGACAGUGAGUCUGUACCGAGGAUUCCAGCACUAUGUGUUGCGAGGCAGGCAACGCCAGAUGGAUGAGGUGAAAUGUAAUCUGUUCAAGAGUUCACCAUCACCACCAUCACCGUUAGCCUCAACAAGUAUGAUGGAUCUAAGCUCCUCCAUGGAACAGACGUCCUGUUCUAUUGCUCAGGACAUGCAACGAGUCAGAAUUGAUAAAGAUGAGACACUGGAAGAGGCUCCUGCGUUAUGGUCUCGUAGACAGGCAGAACUGUUCAUUGCGCGUCAAACUGCUUGGCUACAGAAUAACGAGAACUGUGCGCUUCCUCCACCACAACUACAGGAUGUCAUCCGCCAAGUCAUUCAAGCAAAUCCUGAACAUUUUGAGGCUCACUAUUUGAGCUACCUAAACUGUCUACGGGUGAAGGAGUUGGGGGGAGCAAUAGAUAGUCUCUAUCACUACUUUGACCGUAGUACGGCCACGAGUCAAGACAAAGAGGCAAAGGGCUACAGAUAUGCAGCUCUCAAUUUGGCCAUUCUACACGCACAGUUUGGGCACAAAGCUGAGGCACUGGCGGCUUUGAGAGAAGCGAUCUGGCUUUCCCAUGAGGUCAAUGAUAACAUCUGCCUGCAGCAUGCCCAGUCCUGGCUGUACAAGCUCACUGAGGAAAACAAGGAAAUUUUGAUGGAAAGAUCCAUUUCCAAGUGCAGUGACCUGAGUCUGAACUAUCUGACAUCUCUGGGCUUGCAGUCUUUUGCCCAGUUUGCUGGCACCACUGGGGGCAAGCCUGCUCUAGUUUUUGAAGUCCUGAUGCGCAGUGAUGUGCUCAACUGUCAAUUCUCUAUGAUGGAUCUAAUGGCCCAUAGUUUCACACACAAGGCAGCCCUGUGGACUCUGUAUGGAAAAUCAGACAUGGCAUCACUCUCCAGUCAGUUGCUGCUACAUCUAGACACUGCCGAUUCUCUCCAAGGUCUUAACUCUUACAAGGGUGAAGCGGUGUGCCAGGCUAUCUGUAACAUGGCUCUCAGGCUCACAGAUCUGGGAGAAUAUGAGUUGGGAAUGCUGGUAGUGGACCAUGCGAAGGAACGGUUCCCAAAUUCCUCUUCCUGGCAGCUCAGUGAGCAGGUGUUGUACUUUACCCGAGCUUUGUACAAGGGUCAGUGGCAGACUGCCCAGUCAGCUGUCAGACAACUGGCCACACUCAACAAGUGGGAGGCUUUGCUCAGAGAAGGAGAGCUGAUGUUAGCGAAAGGUGAUACUGCAGAAGCCCUGGCUUCUAUCACCACUGUACUGGAUGUAGGGCCGUCCCUGUGUCCAUCUGUGCGUGUAAGGGCUCUCUUGUUGGCAGCUAAAGGUAGUCAGGCAGCUGCCGUCUCUAUUCUGACUGCUGCUCUUUCUAUAGCCAACUACCACUAUCUUGACUACCUCACUGCCUUAGUGGCCAUGCAACUUGCACAAGUACAAUUGCAGAUGAAUCUGCCAAACCAAGCCCUCAAGUUGAUGGACCAGUCUCUGCUGGUGGUGCUGUCUCAUGGAGGCUACUAUGAUCAGGCUUCGGCUCUUCUCUUGUUUGUCCAGUGCAAGGUGGCAUCAGUGGCAUCUGCUGAUAGUGAAGUCAGAACUGAGGUCAUCGCUGAUGCUAUCCGUCUACUUAAUAAAGUAAAAGAGAACUUCCACCGUAUGGAGGCCUUCACUAAAGUGAAGGAAUCGAUCUACCUGCAGUGUCUUCUGGCCAACGAGCUUGGGUGCAUUGCGGAGCGUAACAAGUUCUCCCACGAAUUUCGACAACUGGAAGAAGAGUUCCCUACUUUGUUACAAAUCUCUUAGCUAUAUUAUUUUUAUUUGUGUCUUUAUAUAUUUAUAAAGCUGUACAAAGUUAUUUCUUGUACAUUUUGUUACAUAUUUGUAGCUAUUUCCAAAAGAUAUGUUUAAUUAAUUAAUUACAAAAAUAUAUCAUUUUUAGAAACA